CAUUCAUUCGCCACAAUUUCUAGGAAUCAACAUGCCCGCUACUUACCAUGAAAACGAGACUUUCUUUGGUUUGCAAUAAUGUGAAAGUUAAGUCGCAAGGCUGUUCGGUAUGGCAACAACGCUAGCACUUGUCUUGCCUUUGCGCGGUGUAUGUUAGAUUUGAAAACCUAGGUGUUUGCUACAGCUAAUGAUUUUGGCUCAGCCUAUAACUCACCAUUACCUUUCUCACUUAAAGUCUUGAACCUUCAGUCUCGUUUAUUAUGAGUUAUAUCUUCCUAUCAUUUCUCUUUAACUAAUUACUAUGAGUUUUAAUGUUUACUUAGUUAAUUUACAGAUCUAAGAUAGAGCAAAAAUAAAAGUCAGUGAUUGCUGCCUAGGUUAUCAUUGACUUUUGAGUCGUUAAUGAAGGUGGAAAUUAUACUUAACUCCCAUUAGCAAGUUCUAUAAACAAUUUGCUGCUCUCUAACACAAUUAGUUAUUGUGUUAAAAUAUUAUUAACAUUCAAUAAUGGUAAACAAGUAGCAACUAACUUUCAUAUUUAUUACUCUAUAAAUCCUUUCCUCACUUCCUCCUCAUUCACAGCAUUUUUGGUCUCUCUCGGUUUGUGCUAAGUAAGAGAAAAGAGAACAAAAUAUGGAGUCAAAUGCAGGAGAUGAUGAUACAAGUAAAAAUUUAAAUGAUUUUGAGAAAGCAAAUUUAGAUGAAGCACAAGAAAGUAGGUUAUUAGGUGGCAGGAAGGAAAAAUAUGUUGAUCUUGGCCGUAAAAUAUGUGUCACUAUUCUUGUUGUUGCUUUCAUAGUUGGUCUUAUCACAUUCAUUAUUCAAAUUGAUCCUAAUAAUCAGUCAGAUUCUUCUCAUGAUAAUGAUGGUCUUGUUGUAUCCAUUAUCAGAAAGAUUAUGCCUCGAAAGCAGCCUCAGCCUGAUAAAUACACUCAAGCUCUUCGUAAAGCUCUCAUGUUCUUCAAUGCUCAACGCUAUUCUGGUAUGAAAGACGGGUUUAUUGGCCAAAAUCUAGUAGGUGGUUUCUGUGAUGGUGGAGAUGCUAUCAAGUUCAACUUUCCACAAUCUUUUGCAAUGACUAUGUUGAGUUGGAGUGUAAUUGAAUACAGUGGAAAAUACAAAGCUGCUGGUGAGCUUAACCAUGUAAAGGAGAUUAUCAAGUGGGGUACUGAUUAUCUCCUUAAGACUUUUGAUAGUUCUGCUGAUACCAUUGACAGGAUUUAUGCACAGGUUGGAACAGGAGACACUUCAGGAUAGAGUGGCAAGAUUGAUACUCCUAAUGACCAUUAUUGCUGGAUGAGACCCGAGGACAUGGACUAUCUAAGAGAUGUGCAUGAAUGCCAUCGAUGCUCGGAUCUUGCAGCUGAAAUGGCUGCUGCCUUAGCUUCUGCAUCGAUUGUAUUCAAAGACAACAAGAAAUACUCUAAAAAGCUAGUUCAUGGUGCCGAGACUCUUUAUCAAUUCGCUCAGGAUAAAAGGGGUAGAUACAUUGCUGAUAUUACAGAUGCUUCGAUUUUCUAUAAUUCCACUAGUUACUGGGAUGAGUUCA